AUGUCGAGUCCCGAUGCCGGCACGCCGCCUCCGGCGCUGCUGCCGCCGCCAGAAGGCAUCUUUCGGUCGUUUGACGAUUUGAUGGCGUCGGUGCAGCGCGUCGCCAAGGACCAGGGCUACGGCAUCGUCAAGCUGCGGGCCUCCAACUACCGCGAUGGCAAGCCAACGCGCUACGACCUGGUCUGCGACCGUGGCGGCGUCAAGUACAGCAGCACGGCCAAGAAGCGCAACCCGUCGACGCGCAAGAUUGACUGCCCGUUCCGCGCAAAGGCCGUCUGCGAGGUGCAGCUUGGCAACCAGUGGCGAUUCGCGCUGCAGGAGCCACGACACAACCACGAGCCCCGCGUGCCGUCGAGCACGCAGGGCGCCGAGGCGCCGCCGCUGGCGACGUCGCUGCGGUCCUUUACUAACAAGCUGGACCGGCUGAGCCACGAUAUCGCGCAGGGCUUCAUGCGCAUGGAGGAGCGCCUCGACCACAUUGAGAAGCGCAUCGAGUGCAUCGAGGCCCGGGCCAUCAGCUACGAGCCGCGCUUCCAGACAGUGGAGAACCGCCUGCUCAGCAUCGAGGGAAUAGAGGGAGCGCGCUUGGACAGCAUUGGCAUAGACGACCCUGAAUCGCGGCUGCUGGCCUCGGCUGUUAUGUAG